AUGCAGAAAGUUUAUAAAUAUAUCGGAACUGCUGCAUUGCAGGAGGAGGAUAUGAAUAGUACAAAUGAUUUGCAAACGUCUGCUGCUAGUAAUCGAAGAAACGUUGCUCAAGAAUCUAGUUAUAUAUCGUCUCAUGGCACAACUCUUUCUUUUGUUUCUGGACCAACUUUUACAGCUGGCUCAGUCACAUCAGUAAACCUUCAGGGGACUCCUGCAACAUAUAUACCCAUACAGGUUCCCGGGGUAAUUGGAACGGCUUUCACACAAACCCCCGCUUUCGCUGCUCCACUAAUCUAUCCAUCAACACUAACAACAGCAUAUAUUAGUGGACCUCCCACUGCACCACCUGUUGCUCCGUGUACAUUUCUGUCAGCUGCUGCACCGAUCACAGCUAUGUGUCACUGCAUAUAUGCGCAACCAUGUGCUCUUCAUCAUCGUCCUAUCUCCUAUGCUUCCCAUUCUUUCUCUUCUAUGGGUGCUGUGCCUGCGACAUUAUCACAAAGUCAUUCUCAUACCUUGCCAUCAACCAGAACGAGUAACAUUUCAUCCACCAGAGUGACAUCUUUGCCACCUACGUUAACUUUACCAUCUCUUCGGUCGUCUGUUAUGCGUCUUAAGCGUUCGGGUGAGCAACUUUCUGCAGCUCAGUCUGCGGCCAAUGCCUCAGAAAGUGGACCGAAUAUUCGGUUGCAGAAAAUACGACGUGUUGAACGGAGUGCAGAAGCAACAACUUCAGAUUCAACUUUUCGGCGUCAUAUGCAAACGCGAAAUGACGACGGAAAUACUUCGGAUAAUAGCAGACCAAAUAUAAAUCCGGUGUUUUGCUGUGAUUGUCGUAGUCGUUCAACUUACAAUUGUCCUUUCCAGUCAUGUGCAUAUCAUCAUCAUCAUCAUAUCUGUCCACGUCAUCCUAUUUGUUUUUGUAGUCGGAGAGAAUCAAGUACUAGCCACAGACGUGAAACUGAUAUCAAUCCAGUCCAUGAUAUGUUGCUUUCAUCUCGAUUUGCGCAGAUCGAACGUCAACAACAGGCCAAUAAUUUGUGGUUUCAACGACAAUCCAUGUCAGCAAAUAAUUUGAUUGGUGUUGAUAUUGUUCCUAGACGCGUACCAACUCAACCAAUGGUUUUCUUACCACGUCAUCAGCAGCAACCAAUUAUGGAGCUUGCCAUGGUUUUACUGCAAUCUGAACCGAAUGUCCUUCUGGGUAGCGCGCCUCAUACUGCCGUUGACCCACUUCCAGUAGGGGCUACUCCUGAUCAAAUUCAUCGUUUCUCAACGGUAUACAGAUAUUUCAAAGAAAGCAAUGUUCCGGAAAAUGAGCAGGAACGCUGUACGGUGUGUCUCAAUAAUUUUGAGAUGAACGAGGAAGUUCGAGCCCUUCGCUGUAGUCAUGUAUUCCAUGUAGUUUGCAUUGAUCGUUGGCUUGUGUAUAACAAGAAAUGUCCUGUCUGCCGUUUAGAGAUGGAUAAAACAAAUGGAUUGUCGUCCGUUUCUGUGUGA